UUAAAGAUCACACAAUUACAACCAUUUGUUUGCCUCGAAACUUCUGUCGACUUUGACCAUGUUAGACAAAACGCUAUGGGAGCAAUUUUUAGAUGUAGUAGAACCUCAUUUACCGGAAUAUCUUCACUGGAAUGAAAUAUGUUGGACGUUCGUUUUUUACCUAGCCGAGGCAAGACGCCAUAUUCAUCGAUGGUGCCGAGGGAUGGAAGCUUGGGAGAUUGUUGUCAAUACAGUCACCUACUGCUUCUUUGUUUGGCUUGCCUUGGAAAUUAUACGCUGGGUGAUUGGAUGGGCAUUCUUCAGAGAAAAAAACUGCCCUUUGUAAAAGAUAAGAUAGCCAAUGAAAUGAAUAAAACUGUGGAAGAAAUGGGCAAAACAGUAUUUCCUGUGAAGCCUGGAGAGACCUUCUUUACCAGACUACCAGCCAAAGGAAUGAAAGAGAAAGAUCUGAUGAAGGAAAUUGAUAAAUACACAAAGCUAGGUGAAGUGAAAUGGGAGGAGGGACGUGUUUCUGGAGCAAUAUAUUCUGGAGGAAAAGAACUCACUGAAGUGCUUACAAAGGUCUAUUCAAAGUUCACCUGGGCCAAUCCACUUCAUGUGGAUAUUUUUCCUGAUGUACGCAAGAUGGAAGCAGAAGUUGUUCAGAUGUGUGUUAAUAUGUACCAAGGAGGGAAGGAUGCAUGUGGAACAAUGACGAGUGGAGGAACUGAGAGCAUAUUGAUGGCAUGCAAAGCAUAUCGUGACUGGGCACACGAUCGUGGAAUAACACACCCAGAAAUAGUGGUACCAAUAAGUAUUCAUGCAGCAUUUGAUAAGGCAGCUCACUAUUUCAAUAUAAAGCUUGUUCAUGUUCCUGUUGAUGAGAAAACAAGAAAAGUUAACAUCAAGGCCAUGCGGAGAGAAAUAACAAAGAAUACCAUUCUACUUUGUGGUUCAGCACCUCAGUUUCCUCAUGGUGUUAUAGAUCCAAUUGAAGAAAUAGCCAAACUCGCCAAAAAGUAUAAUCUGGGUUGUCAUGUGGAUGCCUGCCUUGGUGGUUUUCUGAUACCAUUUAUGAAAAAAGCUGGCUUUAGUGUUCCUCCAUUUGAUUUUUCUGUAGAUGGAGUAACAAGUAUAUCUUGUGAUACUCACAAGUAUGGAUUCUCACCCAAAGGAUCCUCAGUUAUUAUGUACAGUAACAAGCAUCUCAGGCACUUCCAGUAUUUUGUUGCACCUGAUUGGCAAGGAGGAAUCUACGCCUGUCCAUCAAUACCUGGCAGUCGACCGGGUGCAGUCAUAGCAUCAACAUGGGCUACAAUGAUUUACUAUGGAGAAGCUGGUUAUGUUGAGAGCACAAGAAAAAUUAUCUCGACUAGAAAGAAAAUUGAGGAUGGCUUAAGAAAGAUCAAAGGUGUUUAUGUUCUUGGGAAACCUGAAGUGAGUGUUGUGGCUUUUGCUUCGCACGAUUUUGAUGUUUACCACCUGGGGGAUGCUCUCACCAAGAAAGGCUGGCAUCUAAAUACUCUUCAAUUCCCUUCAAGUAUUCAUAUUUGUGUGACGUACCUAAACACACAGCCAGGUGUGGCCGAUCAGUUCAUUAAGGACGUCAGAGAAUGUACCGCUGCAAUUCUGAAAGAUCCUUCAGCAAAAUCAAGUGGCAUGUCUGCCAUCUAUGGUAUGUCCCAGAGCAUUCCGGAUAGAUCCAUUGUGAAUGAGAUAGCAUGGGGUUUCUUGGACUGUAUGUACAAUGUCAACCACGAACCAGCUCAUGAGAAUGGAGUUGUCAAGCAUUAAUUUUGUCAUGUUACGAAGAUUAUGUCACAAGUCACACAACCGAUUCUUCAAUCUACCUCCCCGCCUUUCUAUGGGGUGUCACGCAACAUUUCGUCCGACCUUUUUUUUCCUUUUGAUGGAUGCGUUGCGUGACAUUCCAAAGUUCGGCUGUGCAAGACCCUUCUGUUUUAUGUUCGAAAAAGAUAGAACCUUUGUAUGUAUCGGCAAUAUAGAUACAGUCUGUUUUCCAGGGCUGUGGUUGUUUAGGUCAGCCCCAAGAAUCAACGGCUUCGGGAAGAAACCAAUUUUUCGUGACAUCUGAUUGGCUAGUGAGACAGGGAUCGUGAAGUACACGUAACAGGAUAGAACGCUUAAGCGAGAGCCUUUUGAUCCGUGGCGCUGACCCAAAAAACGCAUAUAUUACUGAUGUAUUGAUCAUUCCUGGAUGAAAAAGUGUAGAUGAGUUUAACUUAGUAGCCCGAAUUAUUUUCAAGAAAUGCCCCUAAGAAAUUUACCUAAAUAUUUCUUACAUUGACCUAUUCAUUGUAUAGUUCAGUUCAGUUAAUUUCUUCCUCUUUACACCUAGGUGGCAUGUAGGGUAGCAACGUGUUAUUAAUUCUUUAAGUGGUAAUUAAUCCGAAAUUGUAAGCAUAGCUAUUAUUCUUUAAUUGUUUAUAACCUCUCUAAUAAGGAUUAAUUUAGUUUGAAACUAUCCAAAUUAACUCUUAAUUGGACAGUUUUAAAACAUUAGAGAAUAAUAGCUUGACUAAGCAACGCCGAAUUACAACUGAAUAGCUAUAUAAUUAUUAAGUUGGAGGACUGCAUGCUUGUCCAAUUUUGGAAAUAAUUGGAUUCAAAAAAUUCCUCUGACAGCUAAACUGGACUUUGCCUACGGCUUCGUACAGUUUUGGCUGUCCUAAGAAUUUUUUUUCAUCCAGUUAUUUCCAAAUUGGACAGCAUGUAGUCCUAUAACAUAUGCUAAUUUUCUUGUCAUCGGUCCAGAUUUUUCUAACAAGGGGAACAGCUUGAAAUCAUUAGUGUAAGGAACAGUCAUUAAUAUAUAAAGCAUGGUUACAUUAUUUGAAUCUAGAGAAAGCAAGGUUUCUCAUGAUAAUAUUUACCUAUUUUAGUGCAAACUAUAUAUAUAUCAGCUGGGAUUUGCUGGCUAGGCCGGCUCAUUCAUAUGAAGAAUCAGAGCCCUUGUAUGUCGGGUGCUCUUUACAACCGCGUGCGAGUGACUUAUACUGUCACGUGAGAGAGAGAAAUCACACGCGCAGUGAUCAUUCGAUGUGCGUUUUGUCUGUGUUUGUUUGUUUGUUUUUAGUUUCAUGGAAUAUUGAAUACUUUAUUGUGGAUAGGAAACAAAACAACCAAGGGUAGUACAUACUUUGAGUGUUUUAACGGAAGAUCCACGCUUCUUUGUAGUAUUUGCUAAGGCAGGUCCUAGGGUAUCAAACACGCAUGCGUCACAUGAGGCGUGGAUACGUUCCGCAUAAACGUCAACGGAGACUCUCCAUUUUAAAUUGUGAAAAAUUGAUGUAAGGAUACGGGGUUUUUUAGUGGGGUUUGAUUAAUUAAUAUUCACCGAUAAGAUUCGAUUUAAGGUAGAUUUGAUUAGAUUGGUUAAUGUGUUCACGGUAGGCUGAAGCAUAUUUAGUUCGACCAGGAAAAAGUUAGAUUGAACACGGCAAAUCUUAAAAACGAAGAUGCGGAAAAUUCUUUUUGGUUUGUUUGUUUGUUUGUUUGUUUGUUUGUUUUAAGGCCAAACUAUUUCAAAUUUAUAUGAAUAUGAAACAGAGCAGGAUUUUUCAGUCAAUAUUUCCUAUGAGUGUAGUGGUUUGCCUCAAAAUUCUUUUCUCUCUUCCUUUCUCUUUCUUGUUUAACUUGAAGCGCAGUUGGUUUUCCGCCAAUCCCUGGUUUUAAGUAGCUUUUAUUUUGAGGAAAGGAACCAAAGUUUGAGACUAGGGGAAGCGAAAAAGUUUCCUUGAUUGCGCCAAAUAUGUUUUAGUUCUGAAGUGAACACACCUUUUAAAUGAUGUUAGUGUCUUUAAAAGUCAUGCUUAUGUCAACUUAUCAGAUUUGCCUUUAAUGGGUCAACUCGAUGUUUCUCUUUAUCUUCAGUCCUACUCAAACAAUUAUAACAUAGCCGUUUCUCAUCGCUCAUUGGAUGCAUUCAGACUCUUACCGGGUCGCUAAUUAGGUUUUUGCGUAAGAAGAGGGUGACAUCUGGUAGACCAAGGCGCACAGGGAGUCACGGGAAGAACACAGCGGCCAAGCACUAGUUUUAACUGCGUUUUCUUGUCCAAUCAUGAUCUAGCUUGCUGACAUCGUAUUCUUAAUCAUAUCAGUAUAUUGUAGCAAUGUAAUUGUUGUAGUCGAGUUGAGUGGUUUUGGUGUUAGCAAUAAAGUGACUGACUCGUCA